AUGCAGAAAUUCUUCAUCGUCCUCGCAUUUAUUGGUUUGGCAGCCGCUGACGUCAGUCAUCUCACAAAUACCUACUUGCCACCAAGACAAUCUUCAAUCAGCUACCAAGCUCCUGCUCAAAUAAUUUCAAGCCCAGUUGUAAGCACUUACCAAGUACAACAAGAGAUCCAACCUCAGAUAACUUACUCUCAACAACCUCAGAUAACUUACUCUCAACAACCUCAGAUAACUUACUCUCAAGUUCAAGCUCCAAGUGUUGAAAUUAUCGAUGCCGGAUACGACACUGGGCUUAGUGGUAUUUCUGGAAACAGUAUUUCUGGAGGAGACAGUGGUUAUUACGGAAAUAGUGGUCUAAUUUCUGCUUAUGAUUCUGGAAUUAGUGGAGGAAACAGUUAUCAAGGACAAGGACUCUCCGGUGGUUCUGGAUACCAAAGUGUUGGACAAGUGAUUGGUGGUGGCGGAUACUCUGGUGGUCUUAGUGGCGGAUACUCCGGUGGUUCUGGAUAUCAAAGUGGAGGACAACUGAUCGGUGGAGGAAGCAUUGGAGGAGGUGGUGGUGGAAUUAUUCGCACCAUCAGUGCUCCAGUCAUUUCCAACUCGUACGAAUCUGUCGGUACCCAAUAUGGUAGCAAUGGUGGUUACGUUUAUGAAAGAAGGCAUUAA